GGGCCAGCUGCCCUGCCGGUACCCUCACGGUACCGAGACAAAAUCAUUCAGCCAAUGUGCCGCCUAUCUUUGCUGAAGUGCUUUCUUUGUUUCUAGCGCGGGAUGCAUUUCCGCCGUUCGUCAAUCAAGAUUGCAAUAUGGAAUGCUGGGGUGCCGCCCAUUCUCAAAGAAUGGCGAUUGGGCACGCCAUCUUGCUACUCUAUCUUCUCAUCACGAUAUACACGGCGGAGUUGUGGCAGGAGCUUGAUCCCCAAAGGCAGAUCAAGCGGACACCAGCGUUCUUCCUGGCCCUCGAUGGGGUAGAAUUCGCGAUGGUAUUCUGCAAAAUCUUCCUGCGCGAAUCUCCUUCUGCCUUUUUUGUGAUCGUGGUGGUCAUUCUUACGCGAAUGAUGGGGUUCUCCUUCACCUUCAAAUUGAACAAUGUUGCUUGGCUAUCGCCACGCUCACGGGCUGGGCGGCUAUUUACCUCUGCGCCUACCUCGUCGCCCAUUACCGAUACUACCGCGUUCCGUUCUUCGAGGCCCGCGGCCAUGACUCGGCGGACAAGUUUUUGUCGUUGUUUGCGAAAGGCGGGCAGAGGGCCAAGUCAGCAAUGUAGGUUCAUGCUCGGGUUUUUUCUGGGGCUGUUUUGGGGAGGCUGAACGAGUCCUCCGGUGGCGAACGGGAAGGUGUUCUCACUAGCAAAAUUUCGCACUCUCACGCACUUGAGGAUGGAGGUCGCCGUAACUCCACCUCGACUGCCCAGGUUGACGCCAGUGCGGUACGUUCUGUUCGGAGCAUGCGAAAUCAAAAGUGAGACGCCUAACAGGAGGUGGAACAUUGCAGCGUCAUCCGGGAGUGGCAGACCAGCGGCCAGCUCCCGAAGCACUACGCCGCGACGUAUCUUGACCUGCGCCUGGCGGAAGACCUCUUCCUGACCCAGGCGGUUGCAAUGUGGGCGGGGAAAGAUUUGGGCAAGGAGAAACUCUUGAAAUUGCUGUCUCAGCCUUUGUUCUAUGAAACAUGC